UUUUAAUUGCCGGAUAAACUUUCUGUGUUUUGAUGAAUCUUUUUCCAAUAAAAUGCCUAAUAAAAUCGAACAGGGUCAUUUUGGGAAAACCCGAGAUGGAAAAGAAAUAAGUCGAUUUAAGUUCAGCAACUUGAAUAAUGUGACUGUGGAAAUAAUCAAUUUUGGUUGCUAUAUCACAUCAAUUAAUGUCCCUGAUCGAAAUGGCAAAUUUAAGGACAUCGCUCUUGGAUACAACACAAUUGAAGAAUAUGAGGAUGAUCAGUUCUACUUGAAUAGUGUUGUUGGACGUUGUGCCAAUCGGAUCUGUAAGGGCAAAUUUACGAUCGACGGGGAAACCCAUCAACUCAAUGUGAACAAUGGGCCAAACCAUUUGCACGGAGGAUUAUGUGGUUUUAACAAGAAAGUCUGGGAAGCAGAAGUUCACGACACAUGUUUAAUCUUGUCUUACACUAGUCCAGAUAUGGAGGAGAAUUACCCCGGUGCUCUGACGGUCCACAUAAGGUAUGAGCUGACUGAUGACAAUGAGUUUAAUAUCCACAUGACUGCCGAGACAACAAAGACAUGUCCUGUCAACAUGACACAACAUACUUACUUCAAUUUGGCUGGCCAUGACCAUGGCAAUGUCUAUGACCACUUGCUAACACUAUACUGCGAUAAGUUUACGCCAAAAGAUGGUACUGGAAUUCCAUUGGGUGAAAUGGCACCAGUCUCUGGCAGCGUAUAUGAUUUCCGCCAGCCAUCAUCAAUGGGGAAACAUAUCAAUGAGGUGCCUGGUGAUAUAGGCUACGAUCACUCGUACCGCAUCAAUGACCCCUCAUUAUCCUCAACAUUUGCCAGAGUUGAGGAUCCAGCAUCUGGGCGUGUGUUAGAAGUUUCUACCAAUCAACCGAGUGUCCACCUCUAUUCAGGCAACUACUUAGACUGCAAAGGGAAGGAUGGGUCCGUCUAUAAAAAACAUGCUGGAUUCUGCUUGGAACAGCAGAAUUUUCCUGAUGCAAUAAACCAGCCAAACUUUCCUGACUGUCUUCUGAGACCCGGGAAGAAAUAUCUCCAUGAUUGUGUUUACAGAUUUUCUAUCAAGAAAUAAGGGAAAGGGACUGUGGUCAAAUAUACAUAUCAGUCUGGUGUAAAAUGUAUUUACAUGUAAAGGAAGUACUAUUGUAGUCACAAAUGAACUUAUACAUAGAUGAAAUAUCAUACAUGUAUGUAUGUAAAUUCAGGUGAGGCUCAUUCCUGUCAUGCUUGGCCUAUCUGCUUCACGAAGGGUGUUGCAUAAUACAAUUACUGUCAUUUAUUCUUCAAAAUCUGUCCAAAAUGCUUUAUAAUUUUAUACAUGAUGAUGUGGUCAA